CCAAACAUACUCAUCGCCGUGAGAAUGCUGAGAUACUUCAUCAUACCAGUCCUGACCGAAUUGGCGACAUCGAUUUGUGCAAGGAAGUGUUUUCCCGUUUCUCGCACACGGCUUCCCGAUGACGUCUGCGAUGGAAGGGACAACGCAAGACACGCACCUGCUUGAUUAUUCUACCACUUGGGUUACAUUUACUGAGAUCAUCUUUGAAGCUGUACCGACUACUGUUUUUUCUACAGAAGUCGUCAUUUUUUUGUCAGUUCUUGUCGGCGUACUUGUAAUUUUGACGGCAGGAGGAAAUCUGCUGGUAGUAAUUGCAUUUGCCACGACCCCGAAACUCCGUACCUAUAACAAUUACUUUAUCUUGGGUCUCGCAAUCGCGGACCUCCUGGUCGCGGUUGUUAACAUGCCCCUAUUUGCUAUGGUAAUUUUAUUGGGAUAUUGGCCUCUAGGGGCCAUUUUCUGUGAUAUGUUCUCAUUCAUGGACCAUGCUUUCUCGCAUGUAAGCAUCAUCCUUGUGGCCCUCAUCAGUCUCGACCGAUACAUCGCAGUGACAUACCCUAUCCGGCACCGGCAAUACUGGCGGCGGCGGCCCCGUGCGAUCCUAAUCAUUGCAGCUGGCUACAUCAUUCCUGUCAUCAUCUGGCUGCCUCUGACCUCCCUUUGGCAAGUCAUCAACGGCAUCGACAAGCGGCCCAUUCCUGAUGAUGUAUGCACGCCUUUGUACCAUCAGAGCUUUGUUGCAUUUUGGUUUAUCAUCUUUUUAUUCGGGAUAAUUCCAUUUUCAAUUACCUCCGUUUGCUGUGCCAGGAUCUACUACGCCUUGCGCCGUUUCUACAAAGGACGACUGCAGCUGAAAAUGAUGAUCACAGAACAAACAGCAACGAAUUCGAUUGCAGGUUCUUCUCAAAACAGCGGCAAUCCAGGAACCGGCAGCGGGAAGGAGGAAGUGUCUCAGGUUAGGAAAGACGGAGGAGCAAACCAAAGUAAAGUAAACUCCAACAUAAAGCCCAGAAUCAACCAGGAGAGUAUUAAAGGAGCCCGGACAUUGUUUCUCAUUGCGAUCGCUAUGUGGAUUGCCUGGUUUCCAUCGCUAAUCGUCACUAUAAUGAUCCCAUUCUGUCCCGAUUGUGUACCCCCGGUCGUCUACUCGGCGGCCAUAUUUUGGGGUUACAUUAAUAGCUUACUCAACCCGAUUUGCUACGCCCUGACGGAUAAAGCGUUCAAAGAUGGAUUCAUUAGGAUUUUCACAUUGAAGUGUUUUGAGAAAGAACAGAUUUAAACAGUUUUAAGCUGUAUAUAGUGCUUACAAAACAAAUCCGGAAUUUAGUGAUUGUUUAUAUAUAAUUUUUAUUAUU